AUGGCCAUGGUAAUACACGAGACACCACGCACACCCUCUAGAGGCCCGCAGGAGCUAGACCCCAGAACCGUGGAGGAAUCAGGGGCAGAACUCUUGGAAGAGAUAGAGGAGGUUGAAGUAAUGGAGGAACCAUUGAGAAAAUUGAAGUUCGCUUGGGACGAAGAGUGUGAAGAAGCGUUUAUCAAGUUGAAGGAGCACUUGGGGAAGCCACCCCUGUUGGCAAAACCUGAAAAGGGUGAAAGGCUAUACUUGUACCUGGCAGUGUCCGAACAUGCUGUAAGCACGACUUUGGUUAAAGGGGAGAAGAAACAUCAACGACCCGUGUAUUAUAUCAGUAAGCGACUGGUGGACGUGGAGAGUCGAUACCUUGAGAUGGAGAAGUUGGCAUAUACAUUGGUGGUGGCUUCAAGGAAGUUGAGACCCUACUUCCAUGCCCAUGCAAUCGAAGUUCUCACUAAUAGUCCCCUGAGACAGGUCCUGCAUAAGCCUGAUACCUCGGGAAGACUGAUGAAAUGGUCGAUCGAGUUGAGUCAAUUCGAUAUCGUUUACACCCCGAGAGCUUCCAUCAAUGGACAAGUACUCGCUGACUUCAUAGUGGAGUUCACUUGUCAGCCGAGUGGAGGAAGAAGUGAAGAAGAAGGGCAGUCAGUUGCAGAAGGGGAGACAAGGAGUGUUGAGGGAUGGAGCCUGCACGUGGAUGGGGCAUCCAACGAAGGAGGAUCUGGAGCAGGCCUCGUAAUGACUGGACCCGAGGGACUCAGGAUGUACUGCGCAAUACGGUUUGGAUUCGAAGCCUCGAACAAUGAGGCAGAAUACGAAGCGCUUCUGGCAGGACUGCGAUUGGCCCAGGGGCUGAAGGUAACACAUCUACACAUCUUUAGUGAUUCACAGUUGGUGGUAUUCCAGGUGAAAGGGGAGUACCAAGCAAGGGGACCCAAGAUGGCUGCAUACUUGGAAAGGGUAAGGAGCUAUUUGGAGCAAUUGGUGGAAUAUAGCAUAGAGCAGAUCCUGAGAGAGAAGAAUAUCCAUGAUGAUGCCCUCGCGAAGUUGGCUUCCACUAGAGAUGGAGAUACCCUUGAAUCAGUGCCCGUAGAAUACUUACCAAGGCCAAGCAUUGCCAAUCCAAACGUUCACAUGGUCAAUGCCCCGAAGGAGUCGUGGGUCAGCUCGAUUAUAGACUAUCUGAAGGAUGGAGUGGUGCCAACAGACAAGAGGGAGGCUAGGAGACUAGUGUACAAGGCAGCCCGAUACACCUUGGUGGAUGGGGUCCUAUACAAGAGGGGGUUUUCUGUGCCGCUCUUGCGGUGUGUUGAUGAGGAAGAAGCUAUGAAGGUGCUGUAUGAAAUACAUGAGGGUGAAUGUGGCAACCAUGCAAGUGGACCGUCCACGGCUCGGAAAGCCAUAAGGCAAGGGUUCAGAGUGCCCUACAAGAUUAUUUCUGACAACGGCACUCAGUUUGAAGGGGGAACGUUUGAGGAAUACUGUAGGGAAAGGGGCAUAAGGAGGAGCUUUUCGGCCGUCGUGCAUCCACAGGCCAAUGGGCAGGUGGAGGCCAUCAACAAGGUCCUAAAGAGAAACUUAAAGACAAAACUAUAG